GCCGAGGGGCCUGAGGUUGCUGCUCUCACGACGGCGGCAAUCGAACACAUUGCCCGAGCAGAAGCUACUAAUACUACUGGUUGGCGCCAACCCUUUACGACACUGGUGGCUGGAGCCAUCUCACGACGCGGUCGGAAGGAACUCAGUUUCAAGGGCGCCUCCAGCGAGCUGAUCCGCAAAGGCGAGACGGCCCGUGCCCUGGAGGUCGACAAUAUGAUUCUGAAGGGAUGUCUACGGGCGGUACCCAAGAGAGAGGAGCAGGAGGUGAGGACCAAGUGGAGUUCCCGGUUCAUCCCGGGACGGUUUGCGAUGACUGAGAAGGAGGAGGAGGGCCAACCUACCCGCAUCAAAGCCCGCUGGUGCCUCAGGGGGCAUCUGGAUCCCGACCUAUCAGAACUGAUUCGAGAGGGGAAGCUACAGAGUCCUACUAUUACGCCUUUCGGGAGAGCGGUAUGCUUGCAGAUGGUGGCGAGUCACCAGUGGGAUUUGCAACUCGGUGAUGUGCAUUGUGCUUUCCCAGGAGCCAAGAACAUCAAGAGACGGGAACCGCUUUUCACGACAUUACCCAAGGGCGUUCCAGGACAUCCUGAGGGGGAGAUUCUGGAGGCUAUCCGACUCCUGCGCGAACGAUUUCCGUUUCGCAAGUGGCAGACCCACACUGGCGAAUUCUGCGGCACCCACUACACCCAGGACCCCGAAACCAAAACCAUCCAGGGGAACCAGGCCAAGCUCGUGGAGAAAAUGCGGCCAGUUCGUUUUAGCCGACAACGACUGCGGGACCCCAAAGCCAAGGCCAACGCGACCGAGAUUGCCCAGGGACGGUCCUGUUUCGGAGACGGUGGAUGGGUGCGCAAGGAGACCCGACCAGAUCUUUCCUGUCAG